AUGCCGUACCAGAAGAUUCCAAAAGCCUUGCGCCCGCUAUACUUGAAGGGACUGCCAGAGUCACGCACCCUCAAGCAAGCAAACCAUCUGGACUUGAUUGCCAAUUACAAAAACUCCGCCUACAAACUUGCAGACGUCGAGAAGUUGCAGCUUGUUUUCAAGAGACACAAUGCCUACGGACACAUGGGCAUGCGCCAGUUCUGGAAGUACAACCUCAAGACCAUAAGUUUCCACAAUCCCGAAUUGCCAAUCGAGGUCCAAAGAGUUGAGUGCGAGACGAAAGACGAACAGCUGAAGUGUCCGUGUCUCAUCAAAGCGCACCUCAAAGGCGGUAAGGUGGAGACCAUCCAGGCGAAAGAUAAGCACAGCGACGACAUCAUGAAAGAGUUGAUCAAGGCCACCAACGCACAGAAGAUUGCUCACGAGGAAAUACCCCUUGUUUUGCCAAAGGUGCAGGACAGAGCCUGA